GGUCAUCUUAAAAACAAAACAAUAAACAUCUACGAACGACUGGUGCAAAAUGAUCUCCUCAAUCGCGUCGGAUUCAUUCUUCUCUUCAACAAAAAGGAUGCUUUUGAAGACAUGGCCCGUGGAUUCGAUUUCAAACAGUUAUCCACAAACCUUCGAUCUCCACAAGAUGCCCUUAGCUACUAUCGAACUUCGUUCAUGGCUGCUUCACCUCCACGACGAUCGUACCAUCACGUCAUUUCGCUCAUCAGUGCUCCGAAUCUUGGUCUAACGCUGGGUGAUUCAUUAACGCGAAUAUUCAAACACAACACCCAGUCUACCACGAUCUCCUAG